AUGCCGCCGCCGGCCUUUGAAUUUCAAGGCAAUGACCGCCGGUCACAUCACCACCACCACCACCACCACCACCCUAGACAUGAAUUCACCUUUCGUUAUGCGCGACCCUCAACAGCGGAUCGGCCGCUCUUGAGAAAUAAGCGAGAGUCCACCCCAGAGCUGCUGAUGGCCGAGGGCACGAUCGAAGAAAAACCUACAUUGAAGUUCGCAUCCCUGGAAACCCUCAGCGACAGCGAAGAAGCCGAUAUGGAUGUUUCGGAUGAUGGGGAUGAGAAUGGUGACCACGACGAAGCUUCCCACCCUCGGAAGAAGCGCGCGUUGGAAACCAACAACAGCAACGCGACCCGGACGCCUGCACCAGCACCUGUGCCAAAAUGGUCAAACCCGGACCCAUACACCGUCCUUCCACCCCCGGACGAGAGUCAGUCCAAGAGGGUGGACGUCGUGAAGUUGAUUCGCAAGGCACGGAUCGCUGCGAGUGCUUCUCAGCCCACGCAAGCGGAUGCAGUGGCUACCAACGAAGACUUCAUCUCGCUGGGUGACUUGGUUAACGAAGAACGGUAUAAGCCUCCAGAAGAUGCACCCGUGGGUCCGAGGCGCCAUCUCCAAGGGGGAGACUCUGCCCUGGGAAACCGGAAGAGAACAUACGAUGAUGAGUUGAAGGGAGUUUCUAAGAAGACCGGGAAGCCCCUAAGUAAAUAUUACGCGGAUGGCUCCAUUAUUGACGAGUGGAGGAGACGUGCCAACGAGACGGGCACGCCAUGGCUAAGUCAGAUGGAGCCCUCACUGCAUUUGGGAACAAGGCUACAUAAUGAGAUUUUGAGUUUCUACCACUGGGUUAAGCCGGUGCAGUAUGAACAAAUUGUUCGAGCGGACUUGGUAUCGAGGCUUCAGUCUGCAUUUCAAAACAGGUAUUACGGCGUGCAGCUUCGUGCGUUCGGCUCAUUUGCCUCGGGGCUAUACCUGCCGACCGCAGAUAUAGACCUCGUCAUGCUUUCCACGAAUUUCAUGCGCACCGGUAUCAGAACGUUUGGCGAGAGGAAAGGCCAGAUCUAUGCCUUCGCUGCCUUCCUCAAGACACUCGACAUCGCGGUCCCUAGUUCGAUAGAGACCAUUGCCCACGCCCGGGUCCCCAUCCUGAAAUUUGUGGAUAAACUGACGGGACUGAGGGUAGAUCUGUCAUUCGACAACGACAGUGGACUCGUCGCCAACAACACUUUCCAGCAGUGGAAGUCCGAAUACCCUGCCAUGCCCGUCAUUGUCGCGGUGGUUAAGCAAUUCCUACUCCUGCGAGGCCUUAAUGAGGUCCCAACGGGUGGACUGGGAGGGUUCUCUAUUAUCUGUCUCGUCGCGAGUCUUCUACAGCACUUGCCGCAUGGCCACAUGGCACCGAAUUUGGGCAGUAUCCUCAUGGACUUCUUUGAAUUCUACGGCAACAGAUUUGAUUAUGAAAAUGUCGGGAUACGCAUGGACCCGCCUGGAUAUUUCAACAAGAGAGUUUAUAAGGCCCACAAGGGGAAGAACGAUGCUCGCCUAUCUAUUGAGGAUCCUAACAACUCGGAUAACGAUAUCUCUGGUGGGACUCGCGAGAUUGCCCUGAUCUUCCAGUCAUUCUCGGACGCAUAUGAGCUUCUCAAGGAGCGCAUGGUUGCCACCGCGCUGUCGGAGGAGAGCCGGGCGAGCAUUCUAGAGACCAUCAUCGCGGCAAAUUACGACGAGUAUACCGAACAGCGGUGGCAGCUGCGCCAGGUGUUCGAACACCAUCCACGAUUUGCCGAAUACCAUCGGCCACCCACGCCUCCGCCUCCGCCGCCAAAAGCCUCUCCUCCAGGCGACCCUGUUCCUCCGCCGCCUCCUCUGCCGACCAACUCUCUGCCCUCGCAAGAACCAAAAGAGAAGUUAACAAAACUGCAAAGAAAGCAACAGGCGUCACGGGACCGUGCCUCCCGCCUGAGACGAUUGCGACCCGACAUACCCUCCGUUCCAGAGUGCAUCAGCAAUGCGCAGGCCUUGGAGCUUGGUAACUACAAAACUCAGUCCGAAAUGGACAGAGAUCUCACGAUCAAGGAGAAAGAGUUGGACUCGACGAGCCAAGGUUAA